GCUAUGCCACCAGUAUUUCAAAUACUAGUAGGGUCUCACGCAUAGCGGACAGGUUUCAGGGGAACUUCGAGACUAAGGCAGACUAAGAAAGUUAAAUGUCGAUCAACUUCUGAAAGUUUGCCAAUGAAAAUCUUAUGGAUCACAUCAGAAUAUUGUCCAGCAAGACUCAAACAUGCCACAGAUCGUGAAGAUGGUGCAAGACUGGGCAGUGUUUUGUUCUGUUGUAUAUGGGGUCGCUAUAGGAUGGCAAAUGACAACAACAACAUAUGCUAAAGUAGAGGAGAGAAAUGGAAGAUAUAAAAAAGAAUUCUAGUUUCCAGUCUUUAGGAAAGAGCAAUAUGACUGCUUUUGAAGCCUGUUGGAUCAUCUGGGGAGACUGUAGCUAUACUGACUUACCAAAAUUCUCAAUAGAUGUGGAAGAGGAACAGAGCUGCCUGCAGAGAGUUGUAUAUGCACGAGGAGCAGUUGAGAUGGGGCUGGUCAGGGGCCAGGACAGGGAAAACUGAGGCUACUAUCAAAAACUUCAGUCCCUACUACAGUCGCCAGUACUCUGUGGCUUUCUGCAAUCAUGUACGAAGUGACGUAGAACAGCAAAGAGAUCUACAGUCACAAUUUUUGAAGACCAAGCCACCAUUGGAGCCUGGAACUGUCUUGUAUGAAGCAGAGCUAUCACAGUUUGCUGAAGACAUAAAGAAAUGGAAGGACAGAUACAUUGUGGUUAAAAAUGAUUUUGCUGUGGAGAGCUAUGAGAACAAAGAGGCCUACCAGAAAGGAGCUGCUCCUAAAAGCCGAAUCCUUCCAGCUGGUGGGAAGGUGUUGACCUCAGAAGAGGAAUACAAUUCAUUAUCUGAUCGGCAUUUCCUGGACCCUGUUGCAUCCAGUGAGAAGGAGAACGCUCAGCCCUUUGUGGUCCUGCCAAAGGAAUUCCCGGUGUACCUGUGGCAGCCGUUCCUCCGAGAUGCCUACUUCUGCUUCCAGGAGCCCACCGACCAGAAGAAGUUUAGUGCGCUCCUGAAUGACUGCAUCAGACAUCUAAACCAUGAUUACAUGAAGCAGACAACAUUUGAAGCCCAAGCCUUUUUAGAAGCUGUGCAGUUCUUCCGACAGGAGAAGGGUCACUAUGGAUCGUGGGAAGUGAUCACUGGGGAUGAAGUCCAGAUCCUGAGUAACCUGGUGAUGGAAGAGCUCCUGCCAACCCUCCAGAAGGAUCUUCUGCCUAAAAUGAAGGGGAAAAAGAAUGACAGGAAGAGGGCCUGGUUCAGUCUCCUCGAGGAGGCCUACAACCUGGUUCAGCUUCAACUUUCAGAAGGAUUAAGUGCCUUGAAGGAGGAAUGCAGAAGUCUGACGAAGGGCCUGGAAGGAACGAUCCGUUCAGACAUGGAUCAGAUUGUGAACUCAAAGAACUUCUUAACUGGAAAGAUCAAAGCUAUGGUGGCCCAGCCUGUGGAGAGAAGCUGUGCGGAGAGUGUGCAACCAUUCUUGGCAUCCAUUCUGGAGGAGCUCAUGGGACCUGUGAGCUCAGGAUUCAGUGAAGUUCGCUCACUCUUUGAAAAAGAAGUGGAUGAGCUCAGCCAGAGCUUUCAGACCGCUAGAGACAGUGCCCAGCUAAAGGAGCAUCUAGACCAGCUUAUGAAUCUUCCGCUGGAUUCCGUGAAGAUGGAACCUUGUUAUAUUAAAGUCAACCUGCUUCAAGAGCGCCUGCAGGAUCUCAGGAGCCGCUUCAGAUUCCCCCACGUGGACCUGGUGGUCCAGAGGACCCAGAACUGCAUGCAAGAGCUGAUGGAAAAUGCAGUAUUCACAUUUGAGCAAUUGCUCUCCCCACAUCUUCAAGGAGAGGCCUCCAAAACUGCAGUCUGCAUUGAGAAGGUUAAGCUUCGAGUCUUAAAGCAAUAUGACUAUGACAGCAGCACCAACCGGAAGAAGAUAUUUCAAGAGGCUCUGGUUCAGAUCACACUUCCCACCGUGCAGAAAGCACUGGCGUCCACGUGUAAACCAGAGCUUCAGAAAUAUGAGCAGUUCAUCUUUGCAGAUCAUACCAAUAUGAUCCAGGUUGAAAAUGUCUAUGAGGAAAUUUUAUAUCAGACUCUCCUUGAUGAAACUCUGAAAGUGAUAAAGGAAGCUGCCGUCCUGAAGAAACACAACUUAUUUGAAGACAACGUAACCUUGCCCAGUGAAAGUGUGUCCAGCUUAACUGAUCUAAAAACCCCCACAGGGUCAAACCAGGCCAGCCCUGCCAGGAGAGCCUCUGCUGUUCUGCCAGGAGUUCUGGACAGUGAGUCCCUGGGUAACGAAGUGUUCCAGGAGCCAGAGGAAGAGCAGCAGCCUGGGGCCCCUAGUCCAUUGGCUGAAGAGGAAAGCACAUCUCUCCCUGUUUCCAGCCCUCCCUCAGCUGGGGAUGGGCAGGUGGUUGUUUCAAGCAUCAGUGGCCCUGGGAAUCUUGUGGCUACAGAGGACAAGACAGAAACCUUGGACAAAAAUUCAGCAGAGCUGGAGUUUGGAGAGAUUCCUGAGGAAGAAGACCCCGCUCAUGAAGAGCCAGAAUCCGUCUCUGCCUCCGGCUCUUUGAAAGAGCUCAGAAAAUUGUUGACGGUGACAGUUGAAGUACCGGUGGAGUCUGCCGUAGUGAUUGAAAAAGAUAUACCAGAGGAGACCCUUUUGCCCCAAGAAGAUGAAAAAGAAGAAGAAAAACCCCAAAUCUACACAGAAGCCCAUGAGGUAGCUGCCUCCCAUCAGGAUCAUUGUGAAGAGGAUGAAGUCAACGAGAGGGAAGCCCAUCUUUCCUCCACAGAGGCCAGUGGGAUGGAAUGGGGGAGCUUUCCAGAGGCAAGCGGCUCUGCUCCUGAGCCAGCCUGUGGAAGGCUCACCGAGGGGGCCAGCUGCCCAGGCCCCACAGGUGAGCAAAUGGAGGCUGGGGAGCUCCCUGAGAGGGCUUCCAAACUAUUCCACGAAGAAGGAGGGGCCCAGUGUGCCCUGGAGGGUGAGGCCAGUGCAGGAGAAGAUUGCAUCUUAAGUUCUGACCAUGUCCACCCUAGUGAGAGCCAGGUUUCUGAAGAAAUGAUGGAAGGGAAAAUCAGCACUGGCCAGCGCGAGGUCAGCGUGGAUACAGAGGCGAGUAAGGUUGCCAGUGUUCAUGCGUGUCAGUGGGUGGUUGAAAAUGCUCCAAACACCAGUAGCCUAGGUGCACACGAAAACAAUGUGAAGGAGAGAGAAGGUUGUCUUGAGAGUUCCCCAGGGCAGCUCGUGGAGGAGGAAUGAGAGGGCCUAUUUGGCAGAAGUCUUUCUUUGAAUAAAGUCAGUCAAAGGGCUAUAGGGGGUGCACUUAGGGAUUAUGUGCGGGUUGUUACCAGAAGCAUUUUAUUAAGUAUUUCCUUCAUUUGUAUAGUGAAACCAAA